GAAAAUUUUCAUUUGAAGGACAAACUGGAUGAGUCGCAAUAUAGAAUUUAUAAAUUUCUGAUCAAACUGUAAGGGAGGAAAGUUUUACGAAUUUUAAAAUGUCAGACAUUGAAAUAGACAGUCUACCUCCGGGUAGCCAACUGAAUGACUUCAGUGGUUCGCAUCCUUCUAUUCAGCGAAGUUAUCAACAGCGUUCACUAUAUCCUGAUGGUCUUUCAAGAGAUAACUUUGCCUUUAGUGGGGACGAUUCUAGACAAGUGUUUCAUCCAAGUGAUAGUUCAAUGCCAAGUGAAAGAACUAUAUUUACUGGGACUAAUGGAAGUUCUCGCAAUGUAUGUGGAAAUUCAAUAAAUGUGAUAGCUAAUUCUAGUCCUGGAUAUAAUGUUUCGUACAGACAAACUUUAGGCAACAAUGAUACAAAUUCUGGAUAUAAUUUUUCGUACAGACAAACUUCAAGCAACAAUGAUAUAAAUUCUGGAUAUAAUUUUUCACAUCGACCUAACUCUGGCGACAAUGAUUGUGGAUAUAAUUUUUCACAUCGACAUAACGCGAGCGACACUGAUAAUUCUGGAUAUAAUUUUUCACACAGAAACGAAGCUGACAGAACAAAUAGUCUCAACAAUCAGUCUAUUGUGCAUUCUGAUAAUGGACAUAAUAUUUUUUCAAAUAGCGAAACUUCAGUGCCUGAAAUUAGUAAUCUUUCAAUAAAUGAAUCAGAUUCAAGUUUUGUGUUCAACAGACCCCAAUCGCACGUGAAUACCAGGCACAACCAACAACGUGCACAGAUUAAACUAGAAAACUCUAAAUACGCUAAUUAUAGGAAUGAGGCACAGAGAAUUCAAUCAUAUGCCUUUUCAACAGCUCCUGUGAGAAGUCCUCAAAUCAUGAGUGAUGCUGGAUUUUUUGCAAUAAGUAACCAAGAUUUUGUACGUUGUUUUCACUGCGGUAUUGGGUUACGGAAUUGGGAGGAUGAUGACGACCCUUACGUCGAACACUGUCGAUGGUCUCCCAAUUGUCAGUACAUGAAGCUAAAGAAAGGACAAGCUUUUAUUGAUGCUGUACAGGAGGCUGUAAGGAAAGUGCAGUUGGAAGAAGCUUUAGGUCAGUCAGACACAAGAGAUGGUGCUCAAGCAGAUGGAACUGUUACAUAUUCAGAUAUAGCAGAAGAUGGAGUAAACAAUGAAUCAUAUCCACCAUCUGUUUUAAAGAAGAACCCACUUCUAUCUAGUGCUGCCCAGAGUGUUAUAGAAAUGGGCUACUUACCACGCAUUGUAAAGAAAGCUGUAGAUAACAUUAUAAAAGAACAUGGUUUGGACGGUUUAACUGGACAAAGAAUUGCAAACUUGGUUAUGGAUAUGGAGGCAAAAGGAGAAAAAGUAAUGAUACCAACACAACAAGUUUCUGAACCUAACAUGGACAAAUCCAAGAUAAAUGAAGAAGCUAAACGUAAACUUGAAGAACAGAAUAGAGAAUAUAAAGAGAAGAUAUCUUGUGUGAUAUGUUGUGAGAACGAAAGAUCAAUUACAUUUCUACCAUGUGGACAUUUAGUUUGUUGUGCUCAGUGUGCACCUGCAUGUUCCUCAUGUGCGGUGUGCAGAAAAGAAAUUAAAGGAACAGUUAAAGUUAGUCUUAGAUAAAAAGUACAAAUGGCUUAAAUAAAAUAAAAUAUUUAUUUUCUAAAUCCAUAAAUUUAUGAAAUUAAUAGUAUUACUACUUUAAUAAACAGUUUUGAUGUUUAAAACAAUUUAUAAUUACAUAAACUGUUAGCAUAAUCCACUUGUUUUUUAAUUUUUAUUUUUUGCUCACCUGGCCCAAAGAGCCAGGUGAGCUUUUCUUAUCACUUGAGGUCAGUUGUCCGUAGUAUUCCAUUAACUUUUACAAUACUGGACCAAAUUUAACCAAACUUGUCCACAAUCAUCAUUGGGUGAUAUGUUUGAAAAAAAUGUGACUUUUGUCUGAUGCUUAAUAAUAUAAAAAACGAUCUUUAUUUAUAUAAAAUUUAUAAAAUAUGUAAUAUUAUUAUAUGUCUGUCUGUAAAUAAAUGUGAACAGAACUAAUUUUAUAGGAUCUCAUAAAAAACUUGACUGGUUAUAUUAAGCAGUUGUUUAUUAAGCAUAGGAAAUGUGUAAUAGAUAAAUUAAUGACUUUUGAUUAUUUCAUAUUGAUUAUCAUGAUUAUUAGGUUUUAUUUGUCAGUGUGUAUUCAACUUUAUAAAUCAUUUGUAAUUAGCCUUAUAAAACAUAAGCAUGACAAUAAAUAAAUUAUUUUACUUCAUGUG